GUCCAACUCGAGGGAAUACACCGGGUAUUACGCCAAAUACCAAUUAAACUCCCGAUAUAUAUACACAAAUGGGAAAGGCUGCCACGCCCGCAGGCAGAGAGAGGCAGGCGCGAGCGCAACUUCACUUUGACUUUGGUAGCCAGUCGCGUACUAUUACUACAGUACGUGUACUGCCGCGCUGCGUUGUACGAGAUUCGAAUGAGUGGCAUCAACGAACCUUCGCGGCACGUCCGCUUCUUUCAGCUGUCAACUCCCCGCAACAACAACGACGACGACGAUGUCGAGUGCACCCAAGAAUCGGUCGAGCGGCGUCGGCGGUGGAAACUGCAAGCGAUUCCCCUCGUGAUCUUCUUCAUGCUGUUCUUGUCGGUGCUCGUACCGUUCGUGACCACCAACAAAACCAUCGAGGCAUUGCGGUUCGUCGAUCGCAAAAACUCAUCUGGCACCGGCUACAGCCCCAACAUGUUGGUGUCUCUGUCUGGCAUGAGCACUGAUAACUACGAAAUGACCGUCACUGCUGUGCUCAACAAAGUCCCCGCCAGUGUCCUCAAUGCCCAAGGCUCCCGCAUCACGACCCCGUUUCGCCUUCAAGUUGGCACGUCCGCGGUCGUAGUUAACGAAAACACAUCGUAUGUCAAGGCGCCGUUGGUGUCCAAAGUGCCGUUGCUCACUGGAUCCCUGGCGUGGUAUCCGUUCGACACGUACCUCAUGAAGCUCGACAUCCAAGCCGUGACUGGCACAGCCCAAUUCAAUGGCGGAAACUUUAGCGCGAUCGAUAACUUUGAGUUUGUCGUGCUGUGGCCCGAUGACUUCAGCUGGACCUACACCGUGCGGCCAACUAUCUCGGCGGACUUUCCCGACGCCACUGUCGCGGGCGGCGGCACCCUCUCCGACCCCACCACUGGAUACACCGCGUUGACGGUGGAAAUCACUCGCGACUUUAACAUUUACAUGGCGCUCGUGUUUGUGGGUAUUUGGGCCGUGACGAUCGCAAUCGGGUACAUUGGCAGUCGCGCAGUGAUCUGGAAGACAAGGGCCCCAGACAACCCCGUGAUCUUUGUGUCGGCGCUAUUUGCUGUGCCCACAUUUCGCAACACAACCCCCGGCCGGCCCCCGUACGGAUGCCUCUUUGAUGUGCUCUGUACGUACUUCAGCAUUGCGGUGAUCGUUACGUUUUUGGUGCUGGUCGCGUUCGCGUACAUGAAGAAGCCCAACGCGGACAAAAAAAAGCAAAGGCGCCGGCGGGAAGACGACGACACGAUCCCCGUGGGCACGCUGGACGCGGGGGUGACUGGUGAAGUGGCGGCCGAUGUCGGCGACGUCGCAGGAGAUGCGGGGGGCGACAGCAGCGAUGCGACGACGGCCGAUUCGGCAUGACGCGCGUUACCAUGUGAAGAGUGAACGAUGUCACAGAACCAGUGACUGGCCCGUCCGCAUCUUGUAGAGUAAUCGUGAUAAACUAGAGUUUUGUAAUCCAAGUGAACGAGGGUGGACUUGUUGCUUGUCAAUGUAAUAAUAUUGCACCA